GGAAAACAGACGCCGGACGCCUCGAGAGCUUGCAGGCCCUCUCCGUCGCAGAGUGCGCCCGAGCAUGGGCGCUGUUUCUGUUUGGAAUUGCCUCUUUCUUUUGAGGAUUCCCUACUACCUUUUCUGCUUCUUUCUCGGGGAAACAGUUCGCUGCGAAGAAGACUCUACUGUGCCUUUCCUUGAGACGGGCUGAUGCCUUCGUCUUUGACUCUCGAAAUCUCCACCCCCGCGUCUAGCGUUUUUGGGGUGUCUCGAGCUCGUGGAGCCGUCGUUUUUUCGCCAUGUUUGAUCAAGGCGGUGUACACGGGUGAAAAUGUGUUUUUCGCGUUUUUCAGAAACCUUUCUAGAACUCCCUUCCGUGUCUCUCUCCAGGAUUUGCUUGGGGCUGGGGCGCGGGACACAGACGUGACUGCAGAUGCAAGUUUUUUGCGCGAUUGUCUCGGCGCCUCGUCAGGUUGUUUUUCCGCUCGUUCUCCCGAAUGUUCGACGUUCUCCUUCUCGCACACUCCAAAUUUUUCCUCUUCCUGUCUCGGCCAAAGUUACGCUCGUUCGCCUGCGUCUUCCGGCCGCGUACACAGUAGCCCGCGAGUGCUAGCUUUAGUCUCGGGGGCAGGCGGCUGCCUCCGCAGCGGGACUCGAAAAACGACUUCUCGGCUUUUCCUCUUGCAAGAAGAGAAAUGAAACUUAUUCCGUUGGCGCGCGCUUCCUCCAGAGAAUUUUCCAGAAAAUCACCCGGGAGCGUUCGCGCCUGAGCCCCUAGCGUUCCUUCCCCUGCCCUGCGUGUGCGUAUGGACGCCGUCCACCGCGCCAGUCAGAGAGAAGACGAAAGGUUUUUUUCUCAGAAAACGAGGCGCUCUUCCUGCGAGCAGUGUGUCGGCUUCUGCGGCCUGACCGCGUAUUCAGCAAGAUGCCCGGAGUGGCAUCUUGCGAGUUUCUGAACGAAGUUGCCGCGUCUGCGUAUUUCGACCUGCCCCGCACAGAGUCCGCGGCAGCCGAGAGACGAAUGGCCUCGCUUUCGAACCUUCCAAACACUGAACUGCAGACGCAUUUCUCUCGACCUCCAGACUCGAGCAAGCAGCAGCCUGCGCCGCGAGGAAAGCCCUCGAUCCCAAGACUCGACAGAGUCGGUGAACCUCACCGGCCGGCCUCUUCGCGCUCAAAGUCCGGCUCAUUGUCUUGUGCUGAAGCCCCUUGGCCACACAGGCGACUGCCGGGGACGCCCGUCGGCUGCACAGACACAGUAGGCCGAGGCUCGAAGCUUCGAACUGAAGAGCCUUCCGGACGCGGAAACCGAGACGCCGCGCGUCCUCGCGACUCUCGCACUCCUUCCUCUUCUUCCAACGCUUCUUCUUCUCUUUCGUCUCCUUUCAAGUCUCCUUCCAAGUCUGUCCGUACCUCGUCUUCUGCUGUCGGCGCCUGUCUGGAAGCGGGACCGAGGAGAGCUACGUCGCUCUUCGCUUACGUGUGCAGCGGCCUUUUGUUUUCUCGCAGCUUCUUCUCGGGUCUGGUCUUCAGCCGGAUGAUGCACUGGUGCGUCGCGUCUGCCCUGCGGUUUCUCCUUCUGAAACUUCUCCAGCUUCAGCGUCGGCGCUUCCUUGAAGUCUGCUGUGACCCCACACAGAGGUUCACACACAUCCUCUCUGGCGGCCGCCUCAAGGCGGAGCGCCACAGUGUACGUACAGCCGACGGGUAUGAGAUCUUCUUCUACCGCCUCGCGAGGGUUUCGCGACACUGCUGCCACACUGCCGCGCCGCGCUGCUGCGGUGCCUCGAGUGUGCAUGCAUCUGGCAGAGAAGGCGGCGGCACUUCGCCGUGUCGAUGCGCCUCCGUCUGUUCCGCGUCGAGAGAUGAAAACGCGUUGGGCGCUUGUGGAUGCCUCCAAGCCCCAGCGACCUCGGCGACUGGCCCGUGUCCGUCGCCGGUGAUCAGCCGACGCGUGUUGCCCCAUCCGGGGCCGCCUGCAUGCGAAGUGAGUCUCCCCGCGGAUGACGACGAAGCCGCUUCGGGUGUAUGUACACCCGAGACUCCGCGGGAGACUUCGGAGACGCCGUCUCUGGAGGACUCCGAGGUGCGAGAAGCAUGCAACAUCGGCUCGCGUCGUUGUGUAGAAGGCAGCGAGAAAGGAGGGGGCUGUUCGGAUGUAGCGACACCCCGCUCUGCACCAGGUGGUGGGGAGCGUGGUUCGGAAGGGGAUCAGUUUCCGUCUGUUGAAUUUGGUGGCGUUCUCCAGCAGGCUUUCUGCAGGGAGCGAAACGCGCAAGAGGAAGAGCGACCGUUAGUUUUUCUCCAGCAUGGACUACUGGAGUCCUCGCUGAACUGGGUGAGUGGCGGCGCAGAGUCUCUCGCCUUCUUGCUCGUCGAAAACGGCUGCGACGUCUGGCUCGGGAACAACCGGGGGAACGAGUACGUUCGUUUUCUGCAGGCUGAACAACACGAGAACGAAUGCCUGCCCUCGCCCGCGGCCGGCAAAGCGAAGGAGACGCAGAGCUCGACCCCGCAGACACCCGCGGCUCGUGCGGGGCUGUCUGCGGAGACAGCUGACGAGUCUGGGGAAUUGGAAAGCGUCAGUUUCCACGAGGACGCUCCUGGGACCCGGUGUCUCUUCAACUCGGCAAGCAGUCACGAUGAGGGCGCCUCUCUCCGCGACUGCGAAGCUGCUGCAGAGUCAGAGAAAAGGCGUAGCCUCUGCGCCAGCGGCCUGGCGGACUGGGCUGAGCAACGACUGUGGGAGACAGUCUCUCCGGACACAGUGGCCUCCUCGGCCCAUGUCGGCCCGCCUCGAGGCAGCGCAUGCAGCCAGCUGUGUUGCCAGUGCACAGGUUUGACUGCGUUUCCUGCGAUUCCCGCGGCCAGCUCCUCGGCUGAAGAGCAGCGAAUCCUCGGAGCUGCUUGUGUGGAGGCGGCGGGGACUCUCCUGCGCCUGCUGCGGUGCAGCCAGCCGUGCAGAAGACGCCAGGCGCGGCGUCCGAGUGCGGCAACUUCCGGAUUCGAGACCAGCGAAUCUGCGUCUCGAUUUCCAUCCCCUCCACAGUCGAGACAGCGCCUGUUUUCCUGCAGAAGAGUCGGGGGUCGGGCGAGAGAGACGAGCGCAGAGGAACAGCCUGCGUCGUCGGAGUGCAGCACUCAAGUGUCUCCAAGUCUCGCGAGCCCCGCGCCGGAAGUCUCUUGCCUCGGAGAGGACGAUCGCGGUGUAUGUACACCUCCUCACAGUGGUUGGUGGCCGCUCCCGCACCGGCGACGACACCCGGCAGCGGGAGAAUGUGGCGACUCAGACGCGCAUGCAGUUUCGCAGGAGUCGCGGGACUGUUUUCCGCCCUUCUCGUCGAUCUCUGCGGCUUCUGCGCAAACGUGGACGUUCCACGACAUGGCCGAGUUCGACGUACCUGCGAUGCUGCACCACAUUCUCUCUCUUCCGGCUUCCGUCGGCGGCGGGGUGUUGCCAGGCCAACAGACUUCAGAGCCGCGACGUCUGAGGAAAGUGUGGGCGUUCGGCCAGUCGCAAGGAGCUGCGCAGUUGCUGGCCUUGACGAGCACCUUCCCCGGAGUCUGUCUCCUCGUCCACUCGCUCGUGCUCUUCUCGCCGCCGGUCGUCUUGCAUCCUCUCUCCUCUCUGUCGCUCUCUACGCAGCUGCUGAUCUCCCUUGGGCUGAGACACCCGGCGUCGCUGCUGAGAGGCAUCAAAGUCGCGGAGGCGCUCUUCCCUUCGCCGGCGCUGUCGAUCUUUGGAGACUGCGUGGCGGGGCACAGACUCAUGGGCUUCUACACUGGAGACAUCGCCUGGCAGCAGAGAUGCAUCAACUUCAAGUUCACGCCCAGUGGCGGAACGAGCAAACUGAACUUCCAGCACUGGCUCGGCAUCAUGCAUGGCGGCGAGCCUCUGGGCCGGCGUGUACGUACACCCGAGGCGCGACGGCGCCGCGAGGCCGAGGCGCGGCGCGAACAUGCGCUACACGUUCUGGAGAAAGUCGCAGACGAAGGAGACGCCGCGCCAGGCCCCGCCGCCUACCCUCUAGAAAACAUCACCUGCCCCGUGCAUGCAUUUUUCGGCGGAAAAGACAACCUCGUCAACGCAGAAGCGUCGGUGGCGUACCUCUCCGAGUGUGUGGACAGAAACCUUUUGUCGGUUGACUUUUGGCCAGACGCGGGACAUCUCGAUUUCGGCUGGGCGCGCGCCCGCCGGUGGGACCUUUAUCCGGACCUCGUUCGGCGAAUUCUUUCUCAUUCUUGACAGAGGAUUCUGAUUCCUUCCCAAGGAGCAAGAUGGCUGCGAGGAAUGUGUACACAGAGCGAUAGGAAACACCUGCAGUGAAUCCCCUGAUUAUUUUCAAGUAGCAAGGCUUCGGCCUCCGUCGUCUCUGGGUUUCGACGGAGUGUCCAGCGCAUGAUAGUCUUGGCCUCCGCAAACCGGUGUGUGACUCAGCGAGAGACGCGGAACGUUUGCGGCGGAGCGUGAAGGGGGGCGCGGCGUCGCCUUCCCCAGUGUGGAUGCAAUCCGAUCGAAAUAUGUCUUCCGUUCAGAGUUAAAGGACAAGGGGCGCUCGAGCUGGACGGAGAGCGGGAUUUUCUUUUGAAAGCCAGUUCGGGCCACCCCCUCUUUGUACGAAUGUGUGCUUUGAGUAACGUUGACGACUUCGUUUCCUUCCAAGUUCUCAUAGUUGAGCGUGGAUGACUGAAUGCACCCGAGACUGCGUCGAGAAUACGUUGUCAGAGUCUGAGAGCCAGGAUUUCCAGUCCGACCCCAGGCCGGUUGUUCCACUCUCCGAUCACCCGUCCAACCCUCUCCGUCGUCGUGGCGUACACUUCGUUCUUAACCAAGACGACGAUGUGCCUACGGUGACCACCCUACGCAAACGCAUAUACUUUUGUUAUACUGUCCCUAUAGGUAUCUAUAUCUAUGUAUAUAUGUAUGUAUACGUGUGUAUAUGUGUUUGUGCGCAUGUGAAUGGUUUACUUGACGCAGGGGAUUGGAGAGGAGGGUAUAGCGGCAUCUUGUUGUGAAAGCCGUCACACAGACUGGAUGACGGAGAGGCGUUACAGCGCUGGUUUUCGGUGUAUGCAGAAGAGUGAAAAUGGACUUGUUUGUUCCAAAGAACGUCGCUUUUCGAGGAGCCAAGGGAGAAAAAUGUCAAGUGAAGAGCGAACGCUGUGCGGAGGGGGACGCGAACCCCGGCCCGAAGCUUCUGUGUUGUGUCUUGUUGGUUAGGACUUUUGAAAAAUUCAUCCGCUUCGCUGAGGGGAAGCUCAUAGCGAAUUCCUGGAGGGACUUCGUCGCCGCUGAGCUAAUGCGGACGCUCUCGUUGAGAGAAGAGUUUACGAGUUGUUUACUUCCAUUUCCAUGUUUUCCGCUUUUCAACCUUCGCAGAGCGUGUCUGUGCAUCCAGAGGAUCACGGCCGCAACAGACGCUGCAUGAAAUCGCACAGCAAGUAAAGUUCGCUGAGACACGCGGGUGUCUUUGCUUGAAGCGAAACCCGGGAGACGGAACGAGACUCGAACUGGGGGAUCCACGCUGCAGCUUCCCUAAAGAAGUUGACCCAGAAAAAUUUCACUUGACACAUGCAAGCUUUCAACGCAAACACGUGAAUAUGCAUCUGUGUUCAGG